AUGUGCCUACUGAAAAAGGACCGCCUGAACCGGGGAACGAGCUUUGCUAUAGCAACGUUGCUCAACGAUGUUGAACUGUGCUCAGAUUGAUUCGCAGCCAAGCACUUAAUUGCGAAUUUGAAUGGUUUUGUGUGUAGGCGGGGUGGGGUGCUCUAGUUUAGUGUUGCCAGCUGAGGUGUAAGGACAGUCAGGUGCACCAGGUUUUGAAAUUGCCGUUCGAAGGUAACUUGCUCCCACCAUGAUUUAUCCAGAUCGAAUGCCGUAAGACACGAUGAAACCCCUUUUCGCAUGUGCCAGUUUGGCGGUAGCCCUGGUUUCUUGGUCGCCCGUAGCCGGCCGGUUCCUGCAGGUGCCGCAGGCAGUUGACGGAGAACCGGCAGGGCCGGCGAAAAAUGGCGUUGAGAAGGAACAGAACAUCUUACCUGCUCCACAAAAAGUCCUUUGGAAGCGGACCGCGCAAGCUGAUUGGGCAAUGGAGGAAAGACCAGAAACCAGAGGUGUUCCUGCCGCUUCCUUGCUGAGUUGGAAACUCCAGCGUGACUACGUGCAUCUCAUUGACGUCGAUGCCGAAUGUAGUAAUCCUAUGCUCAGGGAUCCCCCAAUACUGUCUAUACCUGAGGCGGAAGAAAAAUGCUCAGCUGCAUCGUCCUGCAACUUCUUCAUUGCUAGUCCAUCGAACGUUACCCUUUGUAAAUCGGGUUCCUAUUCAAACGCCAAAAUACAGCGGGGUUCAGCGGUCUACGUUAAAGCCUCCAAGGCCGCCGGGAACACUGUAUCUGAGUUCACAAUCACCCCGAAUGUGCAGAGCCUGUGCGAGCGAGAUCAACUUAUUGCUGAGGCCAAGCCGGUGCAUAAUAUCGCUGACGCGGCAAGCGCAUGCAAGAGAGUCCAGUGCGACUUCUUCGUCUUAUCCACAACAAAUAGAGUGAAGGGAGCAAACCAGCCAUUCACGAAUCACGUGUGGUUAUGCAAGGGAAAAGCUGUGCAUAUCCCUUACGAAGGCUUCGUAACCGGAGAACGAGGCGCACCUUCGGCCUUAGGUUGGAUACAUAAAAUCGGUAGAGCUGCUUUUCGAUAUCUGAUGCGUCUUUUUCAGGCCAACUUCUGGAUGGAGCCCUUUCGUACCCUUGAGGGAACUACGGACUUUGGUGGUGUCCGGUGUACUAACACUGAUUGCGUUUUUCUGUGUGGCAUUAUACCAACCGCAUACGAGUCCGAAAUGCACCGUCCGGUGAAUGCACACGAAUUAAGGUUCUAGACGGCCAUUACCGAAGACCACUGCGCACUACACGCAGUUGGCCUGGUUGCAUCCCACAGGGUAGCAAUGUGUCUGUAGCUCAAAGAAAUUAAAAUAGAUAGCGUAAAGGCCGUUGCAGUAGUGGACUGUCUCACUGUGAGUCGUUGUGCAUGCGAACUUAUCUCGACACCAUCAGCAUACACUCUCCCAGGACGGCAAGGUGCGCGUGGUACCUCGGGCGAGCAUGUACAGCAUGACAGCAUCUCCUUGUGUGAUUAAGAAAGCCUGCAGCUUGCACUGUCCAAUGGAUUCCUGAACUUCCUGAACCAUUUGUACUCACAGAACUCACAGGGGAGGGGGGACUGUGCCUGGACCGCGGCAUUUGAUGUGUACGAGCGACCUGCGGUUCUCUCGGGCGCACAGUCAAUUAAGGUGUCUGUGCCGAGGUAGAGAAUUACGCACUCUCGUUGCCGUGAGUUGAUGUCCAGAAAACACUCCGGACCAACAGCGCGCGCCUGACGAAACCAGAUGCUUGGAGAUGAACUGAUCGAGCUUGAAAUAUAUUGCUGGACCACUGAGAUUGUGCUCAUACGCUUGAGGA